CCCAAGGUCAACGGCGGGGCCGUCCAGGGCCUUGACCACCGACUCGACCUACCGGACCAGUAUUACGUAUGGCGACCGUGCCAUGCCGGGCGGGGCGGCGAGGCCUGCCCCAACGUGCCCAACCUGCCAGCCAGGCGGGGCAGCGUGGGCUCAAAGAAAGGCAUGCGUGUAAGUUUUGACAGGUGGCACGGAAAAAAAGAGCACUGUGAAUAAAUUGUUUUAAUUUGUUAGUUUCUUUCAUUUUUUCCGAUUAUCGUAGGCCUUGACAAAAUUACAUUCUUAUAUGGUUGAUGAAGGUAGAUGCACUGCCGCUGCAAUAUUGCAGCUCUAACUGUAAGCCAUGUAUUGUUUUCCCCGUGGGGAAAAUCAUCAAGCGUUUUGGACAUUUUCCAGGGGGCAGCGGCUUUCUCGGCCAGCACGUGGUGAAGCACCUGAGGGAAGACGCGGCGGUGUCCGAGGUCCGCGUCGUGGACCUGCGUCCGUUCGAGGAACGCCUGGGGUUGUCCCCGGCGGCGAGCCGCGUCCCCGUGACAUGGGUGCCCGCGGACCUCACCGAGGAGGCCGACGAGGCCAAGUGCGAGGAGGCCUUCGGCGGCGCGGACCUCGUGAUCCACUGCGCGGGCCUCGAGGACCGGUCGUACCCCGCGGACCUGCAGGCCCUGCACCGCCACAACGUUAAGGCGACCGAGGCCGUGGUCUCCCUCUGCCGGCGCGCGAACGUGCCCCGCCUCGUGUCCACCUCCUCCGUGGAGGUCGUGUUCGUGCCGUACCUGCGGAACGCCCUGGGCACGGCGCUCGGCUCCUACUCCGUCAUCGUCAACCAGACCGAGGCCCGCGCGGUGCCGCCGGAGGACCCGUCCGACCUGGAGCCCUUCCCCGCCUCCAAGCUGCGCGCCGAGAGGAUCGUCCUGGCGGCCAACGGCAGCGCGCUCGACAACGGAGGCUCGCUCCGCACCGUGGCGCUGCGCGCCCCCCCCAUGUACGGCGAGGAGGACCGCCAGCUGGUCCCCGGGCUGCUGCGCCUCGCCAGGCUCUUCGAGAACACCCUGCUGCAGCUGGGCGGGCCCAGCCAGCGCCACCAGCACGCCUAUGUCGGUAACGUGGCCUGGGCGCACGUGUGCGCGGGCCACGCGCUCGCCCGGGAGGAGGCCGUGGAGGCGCAGGCCGUGGCCGGGCUGGCCGUGUUCGUGACGGACGAGAGCCCCAAGGGCGACCUGCUGCGCCUGACGCAGUUGCUGCUAACCUUCCCGGACGUGUCCGGGUCCGGGACGCCGUCGCUGGUGCGCGUCCGCGCCUCGCCGCUGCCCACCUGGGUGUCGUACCUGGCCGCCGUCGCCGCCGAGACCCUGGUGACGGCCACCUUCGGGGCGCGCCUGCCCGUCCGGCCCAGCGCCUUCAUCAGCUACCUGUCGUCGUUCGUGUCGCUGAGCCGGCUGCGCGCCGAGACCCGCCUCCGCUACGCGCCCAAGUAUGCCGCCGAGGACGCCAUCGCCCGCAGCAGGGCGUACUACGCGCGGGCCAAGGACCUGCAGGAGGUGGACCCGCUGGACUGAGCGCCGCCGGUGUCCAACGCGGAGAGAGAACAAGUUCCUCAUCGAUCCUUCCCCCGGUCGAAUGUUACUAUUUUUAAGAACAAUUAUUGUAAAGAAGUGUAUUUAAUUAUAAAGUGUUUUUGUAUUGUCUCGCGGCAACUUACUGUAUAUAUUCUUGUUGACUAAUUUUAAUCGUUGUUACCAAUUACGUCGCGCUUAUUACUGCAGAACGAAGUUAAUAAAGUACGUGUUAUUUCUCACAUUA